AUGCGCAGCCUGGGAAGCAUGCAAGGCGUCUUUUUCGCCGUGACCAUUUUGGUGGUCCUGAUCCAAACAUCCCAUGCGUCAAUAGGGGAUCGACUACCAGAAUUCAAGAACUGUGUCAAGGUCUGUAUCGAAGAGAAUUGCGAUACGGGCAAGGGCAAGCUGCCUCUCCACCUUCGAUUGAUGCUGUGGGAUUGUCCAUCAGAAUGUGACUACACAUGUCAACACAUUGUCACCAAUACACGGCGUGCGCGGGACCCUCCCAUGAUCGAGCCCAUUGUUCAGUACCACGGCAAAUGGCCCUUUCAUCGCCUAGCCGGCAUACAAGAACCCUUUUCCGUGCUGUUCUCCCUGUUCAACUACCUUGCUCACCGCCAGGGCAUGCAGCGGGUUCGCGAGUCCAUCCCUGCUCGAUAUACACUCAGACCGUAUUACCUGGGCUUUGGCUACUUUGGACUCGCCAGCUGGAUCUUCAGCAUGAUCUUCCACACACGUGAUUUCAACAUCACCGAAAAGCUGGACUACUUCGCCGCUGGCGCCAGUGUUCUCUACGGCAUGUACUUGGCACCCAUCCGGAUAUUUCGCCUGGACCAGAAGACCCCAAACAAGCAAAGCAUCCUCCGCAUUUGGACAAUUGUCUGUCUGCUACUCUAUGCCGCGCAUGUGACUUACUUGACCGCAUGGAGUUGGGACUACACCUACAAUAUGGCGGCUAAUGUCGCUGUGGGUCUUGUCCAGAAUGUGCUCUGGACCUAUUUCAGCAUCUCCCGCUAUCGAAAAUUGCAUAAGUCGUGGACUGCGUGGCCUGGGCUCAUUGUCGCCUGGAUCAUCAUGGCUAUGAGCCUAGAGUUGUUUGACUUCCCUCCUCUUGGCGGAUGGAUCGAUGCUCACAGCCUGUGGCAUCUCGGCACUGUGGUUCCCACGGCAUGGUGGUACAGCUUCCUCAUCAGAGACGCCCAAGACGACCUUGCAAACCAACGACUCAAAGCCUGAGCAACUGAUCUCGAUACGACAUGGCGGGGAUACGC